AUGUUCAAACGGAAGAGCCAGAAGGCAGCGCAAAUCGACACUACGGGCCCCAAAGAAUUGGUGGACACAGUUGUGCCGAAAAUGACAGUCGAAGAACAACUCAAAUUUGUUGAUUUAGAGUUUGUUCAGGAAGUGGAAAAGUUUGUGGAGGUGCCAGAAGUGUUUUACAAUGACGUCAUUGUCGAGGUCCCUCAAGUGAUUGAAGUCAUUAAGGUUGUCCCGAAAGAGGAAAUACGAGAGAAUAUAACAUAUGUUCCUCGGUUUGAAACAAAGUACAUCCCCAAAUACGUCGAAGUGCCCAUCAUUAAGAUAGUGGAUCGCUAUGAAGAAGUGGAUGAGAUUCACGAGAUCUUAAAGCCAGUGGUGAAAAAGUCCGUUGUAGACUACGAAGACGUGCCAGUGUAUAAAAUAAGGCAGGAGCCAAAGAUAAUCAAGGAAGAUAUGCUCAACAACAAGCCACACUUCAUCGAUAUUCCAGUUCCUUUCGAAAGGCCCGUGGUUAAAUAUGUCGACCAGCCUUACUUUGUAAACCGCUAUCGCGACCACCUUGUGCCGAUUCCCAUGACGCCCUCUGUUAGACCCAUCUUCCGUCAGGGCCAACACACGCAACCCGUAGAGGUCCCCAUUCCCGCUCCAUAUCUUGUCACGCACACAGCCCACAGCUAUCAUCGACCCGUUUCCAACUACCCAGUUGGCUCGUCUCAAAUGCAAGCCUACAGACAGAGGGAGAGUCCGCGAAUGCCUACAGGGCAAUACGGUGUUGCAUAUAGCCAGACCACCCAUGUCGGCGAACCCAACGGCGCGGGAGUCACACCGCGCUGCCUCGAUACACGUGUCUUGUUUCAUGUAACAUUCAAGAGAGUUUUGGCAUGUUGA